AUGGCCGCAGUUACCCAAGACGCCACCCCAGCCGCUUCCCCGCCCGCUAUCUCAGGUUCAGAGACUGCCGACGAGUUCUCUGAGCUCCUCUUCGACGAAGAUGACUCGGAUCUCGUCGAAAAGCUCAAGCAGAUCUCGAAGGAGGACCCGAAGCUUGUCAAAGCUAGCGACUACCAAGCCCCUGCCGACCCCGGCAUCAUCAUUCGAAGCUGGAAGAUGAACGAAUUCAAGUACUACAACGUUCCGACCCCCUUCCCCACUCUCGCUCGCGGGCUCUUCACUCAGGAUAUCAAGAAGGGAAAGAAGAUGAUGCAUCGGAUAGUGGUGAGGGGAUACGACAAGUUCUUCAACAUUGGCGAGGUGCCUUGGAACACGUGGAAUGUCCUCGAAGAACAUACUGCUCCACCCUAUACCCUCACUCUCAAGUCCAAUGGCUGCAUCAUCUUCAUCGCCGCGCUCACACCCACCAAGCUUGUCGUGACGUCCAAGCACUCGCUCGGCGCUGUACCCAGUGGCCAGGCCCCGACAAACGAAAGUCAUGCGCAGGUCGGACAACGUUGGCUUCACACGCACCUCCAGUCGGUGGGCAAGUCCGAGGAGGACCUUGCGCAUACGCUGUGGGAGAAGGAUUGGACGGCAGUGGCAGAGCUUUGCGACGACUCGUUCGAAGAGCACGUGCUACCCUAUACCGCUGAGAAGACGGGUUUGCACUUGCACGGCUUGAACGCUUGCACUGGUGCAUUCCAGACCCAGCCCCAAGACGUUGUCGAUGCCUUUGCGCAAACCUGGGGUUUCAUCGUCACGGCGUCCACUGUCCUGCCCACCAUCCCUGCCGUCAAAUCCUUCACCGAGGAGAUCUCGCGCGCCGGAAGCUGGAACGGCGAACCUCUUGAAGGCUUCGUCGUCCGCACACGCGUCACCACCCCGCUGCCCAACGGUCCGUACCCCGCCGGCGCGUCGUUCUUCUUCAAGGUCAAGUUCGACGAGCCGUACCUGAUGUACCGGGAGUGGCGCGAGGUCACGAAGUCCCUCCUGACGCACAGCCCCGACUCGCAGAACGUGCCGAAGCACAGGAUGAGGCGGCCCGAAACACGGCUGUACGUCGACUGGGUGUGCCGGGAGAUCAAGGCGAACAAGUCACAGUUCGACAACUUCACGAAGGGCAAGGGGAUCAUCAAGACUCGGGAGCGCUUUCUCGCGUGGCUGGAGACCGAGGAGGGCCAGAAGGCGAAGGCUAACGGUGGGCUCGGCGGGGAGGCGCAGGAGAAGAGGCCGAAGGAAAAGGAAAAGAAGGUGAUCAUCGUGCCUAUCGCCAUCCCCGGCCUUGGCAAGACGACUGUCGCCGUCGCGCUCCAGGCGCUCUUCGGGUUUGGACACGUCCAGGCCGACGACAUCCCGGGCAAGAAGUCGAAGUCUAAGGCCGGCGCGUUCGUGAAGGAAGUGGAGAAGGCCUUCAAGUCGCACGACGUCGUCAUCGCAGACCGCAACAACCACCUGAUGCAACACCGCGAGCAGCUGCUCGGCACCGCGAAGAAGCAGCGCGCGCGCCUCGUCGCGCUCUACUGGCCGCUCGACGACGACAUCGACGGCACUGGCGCCGAGUCCGCGCGCGACGCCGUCUUCCACAUAUGCGCGGAGCGCAUAGAUGCCCGCGGCGCGAACCACCAGUUGCUCAUCCCUGGGGACCCCGGCGCGCACGAGGCUGUCCUCCACCAGUUCAUGCGGCAGCACGAGCCGCUGGCAUCCGCACGAGAGGGCAUCGACUCGGACGACGUCGUGUACAUGGACGUGCGGGACACGCUGGAAGACGCAGUCGCGCGCGCGGCCGGGGCGAUCGCAGACAACCUUGGGCUCGAGAAGCCGGACGCGGAGAAGAUGGGUGCGGCGCUCGCCAAAGCGCGCGCGUACGCCCCGAAGAGGGGCAAGGUGCGCUACUACGCGAUCUCUGGCGAGUUCGAGCCGCAGCCAAUCGUCGAGGCGGCGUUGGCGGCGGUGCGUGCGGGCGACGUGCCGCGGGCUGCGCGCACGAUGUGGACGAAGCUCGUUGAGAACGGACGGGUUCAGGACGAGCCGCAUGUGACGCUAGCGCACACCAAGAACCUCCCCGGGGACCAGCCGCUGUGGGACGCGUGCGCGGCGUUCGUGAGCGAGAUAGCGGCGGGGGGCGGUGCGGUGCCGCUGGAGUUCAAGCUCGGUGAGCUCGUGUGGGACGAUCGCGUCAUGGCGUUUACCGUCGAGGAUCUGAAGGCGGCUGAGGGGUUGCCGAAUGCGGAGGUCCUGGCCGCGACACGUCGGUUUGCGUCUGGGCUGGGACCAGAGCUGAAGCAGAGGCUGCACGUCACGGUGGGGACAAGGGACCGCAGCGUGCCUCCUGUGGAGGCGAUGAGCUUGGUGCAGCGGUGGAGGAAAGGGGAGUCGGGGAUCUGGUCUGUCCCGGUGGGUGAGACGGUCAGAGGGAGAGUUGAGGGAUUAACCAGCUGA